AUGGCCACACGGAUCCUGCUGCUGAGCCUCCUCUGGGCAUGGACAUGGGCCGAGCCGGCCAACUAUCAGAGCGACGGUCAGAUGUGGGCAUCGCCGCUGGCCACGCUGGACAUUGGCUCGUCGAGAUGCCCUCGCCCGUGCACGUGCAGCGGCGAGACGGUGGACUGCUCCCACAGGGGACUGUCUCAAGUGCCACGAAAGCUCCCCAUCGACACCGAGAGACUUGACCUGCAAGGGAACAACAUCACCGUCAUCUAUGAGUCGGACUUGCAGCAUUUGCCGAGACUCAGGAUUCUUCAAUUGACGGAUAAUCAAAUUCAUACAAUUGAAAAGAAUGCACUGCAGGACUUGAGCAGAUUGGAGAGAUUACGACUCAACAACAAUAAGCUGAAAACAAUACCAGACAACUUUUUGGGGAGCACAGCUAAUCUUCUUAGACUAGAUUUGUCUCACAAUUCACUGACAACAGUCGGACGCCGGAUAUUUCGGGGCGCCUCGUCCCUGCGGAGUCUGCAUCUGGACAGCAAUGAGAUCACUUGUCUGGACGAGCAGGCGUUCAAGGGGCUCACAGAAUUGGAGAUACUAACACUCAACAAUAACAACUUGACAACACUGCCGAAAGAUUUAUUUAGCGGCAUGUCGCGAUUACGUGCUCUUCGUCUGUCCGACAAUCCAUUUGCCUGCGAUUGUCAUCUGUCUUGGUUCUCGAGAUUCCUGAGGAGUGCCUCACGUCUUGCAGCGCACACCAAGUGCCAUUCACCGGGCCAAUUGAAGGGACAAAACGUGGGUGACCUGCACGAUUCGGAGUUCAAAUGCUCAGGUCUGGCGGAGAAUGCACAAAUGGAGUGCGGAGCACGGAGUUCGUGUCCUCAUCCUUGUCGCUGUGCUGAUGGCAUUGUGGAUUGUCGGGAGAAAAGUCUAUCCAGCGUGCCGACUUCACUUCCUGAAGAUACCACUGAACUACGCUUGGAGCAGAAUUAUAUCACAGAAUUGCCACCGAGAGCAUUUGCAAAUUAUCGCCGUCUGAGGAGAAUCGAUGUGUCUAACAACAACAUAUCCCGUGUUGCUCAUGAUGCCUUCACUGGGUUGAAAGCACUCGCCUCACUCAUUCUGUACGGGAAUAAAAUCAAAGAUCUGCCCAGUGGUGUCUUCAAGGGUCUCACAUCCCUGCAGCUGCUGCUCCUCAAUGCCAAUGAAAUCAAUUGUAUACGAAAGGACACUUUUAGAGAUUUGCACAGUUUGAGCUUGCUGUCUCUCUACGACAACAACAUACAAUCGCUGGCAAAUGGCACUUUUGAUUCCAUGAAGAGCAUUCAGACGCUUCAUUUGGCGAAGAACCCAUUUAUAUGCGAUUGCAAUUUGCGGUGGUUGGCCGAUUAUCUGCAUAGGAAUCCCAUUGAGACAAGUGGAGCCCGCUGUGAAUCCCCGAAGCGAAUGCAUCGGCGCAGAAUUGAUGUGUUGCGAGAUGAUAAGUUCAAAUGCACUGGUGCUGAUGACUACAAGACACGCCACGCGGGCGAGUGUCGGAUUGACGUGGAGUGUCCGGCGGCGUGUCACUGCGAGAGGACAACAGUGGAUUGCUCCGCCAGGGGACUCAAGGAGAUCCCACGUGACAUUCCUCUGCACACCACCGAAUUGCUGCUGAACGACAAUGACUUGGGCAGGAUAAGGUCUGAUGGGCUGUUCGGACGAUUGCCGAAUCUCGUGAAGUUGGACUUGAGGCGGAAUAAGAUAACGGGCAUCGAGAGAAACUCCUUCGAGGGGGCGUCAAAGAUUCAGGAUCUCGUGCUGGCGGAGAAUAAAAUCCCGGAGAUACACAAUAAAAUGUUCCUCGGUCUGCACAACCUCAAGUCACUCUCCCUUUACGAUAAUUUGAUAUCGUGCGUCAUGCCCGGCUCAUUUGACUACCUAACAUCGCUGCACACUCUAAACUUGGGAUCAAAUCCAUUCAAUUGCAACUGCCACUUGGCAUGGUUCUCAGACUGGCUGAAGAAGCGCGGCUUGUCAGGGGCCAAUCCUCGAUGUUCCGCCCCACCGAAGGUGGUGGAUGUGCCCCUGCGAGAGCUGCCCCAUCACGAGUUCAAGUGCUUGAGUGACGCCGACCAGGGAUGUCUGGGCGAGGACUACUGUCCGCCUCAAUGCUCCUGCACGGGCACAGUGGUGCGGUGCUCGCGGAAUAAACUCAAGGAGAUCCCCAAGGGUAUCCCAGCGGAGACAUCUGAGCUGUACCUGGAGUCAAAUGACAUCACCAUGAUUCAUCCGGACAGAAUAAGUCACCUGAAGAGUCUGACGCGCCUGGACUUGAGCAACAAUCAAAUAAACAUGCUGUCCAACUACACAUUCACCAAUCUCUCAAAGUUAUCAACACUAAUCAUUAGUUACAAUAAAUUGCAAUGUGUACAGCGACAUGCGCUCACUGGACUGAAGAAUCUCCGUGUUCUGUCCCUCCAUGGCAAUCAAAUCUCCCAGAUUCCGGACGGCAGUUUCAGCGAUCUCACAGCAAUAACUCACAUUGCUCUGGGCAGCAAUCCUCUAUACUGUGACUGCUCGCUGAAGUGGCUGUCGGAGUGGGUGAAGCUGGACUAUGUGGAGCCGGGCAUCGCGCGAUGUGCUGAGCCCGAGACAAUGCGUGACAAAUUGCUCUUGUCCACGCCGGCGAGCUACUUUGUAUGUCGCAGUCGUGUCAGCAAUGAAAUCCUGUCCAAAUGCGACGCAUGCUACACAUUUCCCUGCCAGAAUGACGCCGAGUGUCGUGCCCUUCCGGAGAGGCAGUACGAGUGCCGCUGCACACCUGGUUACCAUGGAGAGCACUGUGAGUACAUGAUUGACGCAUGCUAUGGGAAUCCCUGUCGGCACGAUUCCACGUGUUCGGUGCUGGAGGAGGGCAGAUUCAGCUGCCAAUGCCUGCCCGGAUAUUCAGGAGCACGCUGUGAGAUCAACAUUGACGACUGUGCAGAGAAUAAGUGUCAGAACAAUGGCACGUGCAUCGAUGGCGUCGAAGGGUACACGUGCUCCUGUCCGGCAGGCUUCACGGGUGAACUGUGCGAGGUGAAGAUUCCCUUCUGCACGGACUUCAAUCCCUGCCUGAAUGGCGCCAAGUGCAUGGAUCACUUCACUCACUACUCCUGCGAAUGCCUCCCCGGCUUCCGCGGUGAGAAUUGCUCUGAGAACAUCGACGAUUGCCAGAAUCACCUGUGCCAGAACGGCGGAGAGUGUGUCGACGGCAUCAAUGACUACGUGUGCAAAUGCCCAGAGGAUUUCACGGGGAAAUUCUGCGAGGGAGCACCAAUGGUGGCGAUGAUGUAUCCCCAGACGUCGCCUUGUCAGCAGCACGAGUGCAAGCACGGCGUGUGCUUCCAGCCGAGCCCCUCGAGCGCCGACUACGUGUGCAAAUGCGCUCCCGGAUACUCAGGGAAGCGCUGUGAAUACCUCACGAGCCUGUCAUUCGUGCACAACAACUCCUUCGUGGAAAUGGAGCCUCUGCGCACGAAGCCAGAGGCGAAUGUGACCAUCGUCUUCAGCACCACGCAGCAGAAUGGCAUUCUCAUGUACGAUGGCCACAUGGAACACCUGGCCGUUGAGCUGUUCAACGGACGCAUCCGCGUGAGCUAUGAUGUGGGAAAUUACCCAGUGUCCACGAUGUACAGCUUCGAGAUGGUCUCCGACGGACGGUAUCACAUGGUGGAGUUGCUGGCCAUCAAGAAGAACUUCACGCUGCGCGUGAAUCGCGGUCUGGCCAGAUCUAUCAUCAAUGAGGGCGCCAAGGACUUCCUGAAGCUCUCCGCACCGAUGUUCCUCGGCGGCUUGCCACAAGAGCCCGGCCAACAUGCCUUCAGUCACUGGCAUCUGCGCAACAUCACCAGCUUCAAGGGCUGCAUGAAGGAAGUGUGGAUUAACCACAAGCAAGUGGACUUUGGCAAUGCCGCUCGACAGCAGAAAGUCACGCCAGGAUGUGCUCUCCUUGAUCCAGAGUACGAAGGCGAAGUGGAUGACGUGAUGCAAGAGACGCCGCAAAUCCUCAAACAGGUGGAUCCGUGUGAGAAUCACAAAUGUCGAAGGGGCGGAAAGUGCGUGCCGAACAGCAGUGCCAAGGAUGGCUACACGUGCAAGUGCAAGGGCGGCGCGAAGGGGCGCUUCUGCGAGCAAGUGGCUUCCACGUGCCGGAAGGAGCAAGUGCUGGAGUACUAUACUGAGAACGAUUGUCGCUCCAGACAACCACUCAAGUAUGCCAAAUGCGUGGGCGGAUGUGGGAAUCAGUGCUGUGCAGCCAAGAUCGUGCGAAGAAGAAAGGUUCGCAUGGUGUGCAGCAAUGGCGUGAAGUAUGUGAAGAAUCUCGACAUUGUGAGGAAGUGCGGAUGUACGAAGAAAUGCUACUGACUGCAAGAUGCGG